CCAAGUGGGACAGUGAAGGAGCUUGAGAUGAAGAAGGGGAGUCUGUGAGUUCACCACUGCCUGUCUGAAAGGGUGUUGAGCAGUGGAGACAGAACAGAAGGAAAUCUUUGCGGAAAGCACAGGAUGAGAUGGUGGAGCAGAACUACCCGAGUCAGGAUGAACCAAGGAGGGGAAAGAGAAGCCACACAGAACGGAAGACACAUGAAUCCAUCGUUCCUCAAAGUGGCUUCUUCACUGAGCAAGGAGAACAACCAGAAAACAGAGAUGCUUUGAGAGCGUCCACAGAGGAGAAAAGAAAUCAAAGGGCAGAGUCUGGAGGAACAAGCAGUGGGAGCAGAAACAAUGGAAACAGCCCCACAUGCCCCACAGAGGUGAAGCGAUUUACUUGUUUGAAUUGUGGAACGAGCUUCAGGAAUCAGAAGCAGUUUGCUGCCCAUCAGAGGAUUCACACAGGACAGAAACCACAUAAAUGUGCAGUCUGUGGAAAGAGCUUCUGCACGAAAUCAAAACUUCCUGAACAUAUAAGAACUCACACAGGGGAGAAACCUUUCAAAUGUUCAGUGUGUAGUAAGUGUUUUGCUCAGAGGUCAAGCCUUACAAGACAUCAAAGAAUUCACACGGGGGGGAAACCAUAUAAAUGUGCAUACUGUGGAAAGAGCAUCCGUGUGAAAUCAGACCUUACAAGACAUGAAAGAAUUCACACAGGGCAAAAGCCUUUCAAAUGUUCAGUGUGCAAGAAAAGCUUUGGUUGGCAAAUAAGCCUUACAUUACAUAAAAGAACUCACACAAAGGAGAAGCCUUUCAAAUGUUCAGUGUGUGGUAAGUGUUUCUCUCAAAGCUCAAACCUUACUAGACAUCAGAGAAUUCACAAAGGUGAGAGAGCCCAUGAAUGCUCAGUGUGCGGUAAAUGCUUCAGUCAGGAGGCAAACCUUACUAAACAUCUAAAGCUUCAUAGGAGGAAGACACCUUUUAAGUCAUCACUGGGUAGAAAAAGCUUUACUAAGAGCUCAAAUCUUCCUAGUCAACAAAUGAUUCGCAAAAAAAAGUAUACAUGUUCAGCUUGGAGGGAAAGCUAUACUAAGUGGUCAUACCUUACCAAACAUAAAAGAAUACCACACAAAGCAGAGAAACCCUAUAAAUGCGAAGGGUGUAGAAAAUGUUUCAGUAGCAAGUCAGUCCUUAUUAGACAUAAGAGAAUCAUACACAGAUGGAACAAAGUCUAUGUAUGUUCCAAGUGCAGUCAAUGUUUCCGUUCAAGGAGACUGCUUAUUACACAUCAAGGAACCCACACAACACAAAAACCUUUUCAAUGCUCCGAGUGUAGAAAAGCCUUCAGUCAGGAGGCAAAUCUCCUUAGACAUCAAAGAACUCACACAGGAGACAAACCCUACGAAUGCCCUGUGUGUAGAAAAAGCUUCAGUGAGAGCGCAGCUCUUUCCAGACAUACAAGGUCUUGCCAUACAGGGGAGAAACUGCACAAGUGUGAACAAUGUGGAAAGAGCUUCACUCGUAAAUCAGACCUCAAGAGGCAUCAAAAGCACCACACAAGGGAGACGCCCAACCAGGGUUCAAAUCUCAGUGAAGGUUUAGAUGAUGAAUCAAGACCUCAUGAAGGUGAGAACGCACAGCGGAUGGAAACCAUGUAACUUCUUCAAUUAUCCUAAGAAGGUCGCAUCCACACAAUACUUUAAAAGCUUCCCCCCCCAAGGAAUCCUGGGAACUUCGGUUCUUGAGGGAGCUGGCGAUUGUACUAGUAGGUCUAUGAAGUACAAACUACUUUUCCCAGCAUUCUUUGGAUGAAGCCAUGACAACAGUUAUAAAUGUAGGGUGCGAAUGUGACCUCAGACUUGGCGUCCUACUUUUUGGCAUCACAGGAACCAUCCAGAGGGUACAGCCCCCAAACCUUCCAAUACACACACACAAUCCAUGCUUUGAGUGGGUUCUUGUGUCUUU